UCUCUCCUCGCCCCACCCACCCCUAUCUUGCGCCACUUCCUGUGCUCUGGGAAGUCAGUGACUGACCGCAUCUCUGGCUGGGCUCUCCAGUUUUACUUCCUCCUCACAGACAGCCAGCCCAGCAGGCAGGACGUGCGGACUCCAGUGCGCCCGGCUGCUCGCUCCACCAUGAAGGCUGUUCUUGCCCUCGUAUUUCUCUUCCACUCCGCAGCUGCAGCUGGACUGCAGGAGCCCGAGAUUUGUUACGUCCUGGACGCCGUUCUGUUCAUCUAUGGGACGGUGUUAACGGCUCUGUACUGCCGUCUGAAGAUCUUGAAUCGAAAGAAGGAAAAGGCGGCGGCUUAUGAGCACCUGCAGAUGGGAAACAAGGCCAUUUAUGAGGUGGUAAAGGGAGAAAAACGGACUGGUGGCGGAGGAAAAAAGCAAGAAGAGAGCAUUUACACGGGUCUGGGAGAGCACCAUGUUGAUACGUACGAAUCUCUGCAGCGCCAGGCUCCUGGAAAGAAAUAGUGAUGCUGCCAAUCGCUGGGGCUAGUGUGUGUGUGUGGGGGGGGGGGGG